AAAAAAAAAAAAAAAAAAAAAAAAAAAAAAAAAAAAAAAAAAAAAAAAGAAAAAAAAAAAGGAAAAAAAAGAAAGAACAAAAAAAAAAAAAAAAAAAAAAGAAAAAGAAAAAAAAUGAAAAAAGAAAAAAAAAUGAAAAAGGAAAAGAAGAAAAAAAAAAAAAAAAAAAAAAAAAAA